UGUGUGCACUUGGACUAAUCGCGACAGGUGCGGGCUUGACGGGCUUCUUAGGGGCUAGUAAUAUUUGGGUGUUUUCGGUGUUAGGGUUGGUGCCCGCAGUUUCUUUAAAUUCCUGUAGUGCUCCGAAAUCCACCAUGGAGGCGAGAAGAGCGGAAUUGGAGAGGAAACGGCAGAAGCUCGAGCAGCUUCGAAUGGAAAGACUCAAGAAAAAAGAGGAAAAGGAGAAGAAAGACGGCAGGCUGAAUGACGCGGACGAUCCGAUGAAGUUGAGACAAGAGAACUGCAUAGACCCCGACGAGUUGUUAUCUUCUUUCGGAAUUACGUUGACAAGAGACCUGACUGUGACGAGCGUUUCCACACCCCCCACCGGUUCGCCUAUCCCGAGCAAUGCGUCCAGUCUGGUGGACAUGCAAACACCGUCCCCGCCAGUGCCAGCAAAAGCCCAGAAGAAAGCCAAACUGAGCAUCUGUGUCGUGCAUCAAACCAACAUUGCCCCGAGAGAAAAUGUCACUUACAACAAGCAGACGCAAACAAUCCCGUCGGCCGAAAGAGAUGCACACCCCUUGGAUUAUUACGACGACGGUCACUUUGUUUUUCCUACCGCUAUAGAGUGGGAUGACGAGUUUCAAGUGCUGGCUUUUGGCGACGUCCUAGCGGAAGAGGACGGGGAAGGGGCCCCUGGCGGGGCGCACCCGGAUGCCAAGGCGGCCCAGGCGAUGCUCUUUCCGCACAAGGUGGCCGGACUGCCCCACGUCGAGAUGGUCAAGCCCGCACAGACCCCUGGGGAGGGGCCGGACCCCGCCAGGACACCCGGAGCGCAGGAGGCCAAGGAGCCCAAAGCUCCCAGGGAACUCAGUGAAGAAGAGAGGCAGCAAAUCUUGCUAAACGAAGAUUUCCGCACGUUCAUGGAUCGGUCUUCGAGGAUCGUGGAAAGGGCCCUCUGCGAAAGCUCAGACAUUUGUGUGGACUACACGGGCAACACAGAAGACCAAGACAGUGACGACAAGAGUGGGAUCAAGCUUUCACUCAACAGGGUGUUCUUCGAUGACCGAUGGUCCAAAAACAGGAUGGUCACGAGCUUCGACUGGUCUUCACAGUUUCCAGAGCUCCUGGUGGCUUCGUACGGAAAUAAUGACGACUCUCCUAAUGAUCCGGAUGGUGUGUGCCUGGUUUGGAACAUGAAAUUUAAGAAAUCUACACCAGAAUACAUCUUCCAUUGUCAGUCGUCGGUGGUGUCUGCCUGCUUUGCCAAGUUCCACCCCAACCUGAUAAUCGGGGGCACCUACUCUGGCCAAAUUGCGCUCUGGGACAACAGGAACAACCGAAGGACGCCCGUGCAGAGGAGUCCCCUGUCCGCAGCCGCACACACGCACCCCGUGUACUGCGUGCAAGUGGUGGGCACCCAAAAUGCCCACAACCUGGUGAGCAUUUCCACGGAUGGCAAGUUCUGUUCCUGGAGCUUGGACAUGCUCUCUGCACCCCAGGACAGCAUGGAGUUAACGCAGCAGAAGCAGUCGCGUGCCAUAGCAGUGACGUCGCUCUCUUUUCCCACGGGCGACUACAACAACUUCAUCGUGGGCAGCGAGGAAGGUGCCAUAUACACAGCCUGCCGGCACGGGAACAAGGCCGGCAUCAUGGAUGGCUUUGAGGGUCACCAGGGCCCCGUGACAGGGAUCCACUCGCACAGCUGUCAGGGCCAGGUGGACUUCUCCCACCUGUUCCUCACCUCCUCCUUCGACUGGACCGUCAAGCUUUGGAGCCUCAAGGAGUCCAAGCCCAUCUACUCCUUUGAGGACAAUGGAGACUAUGUGCACGACGUCAGGUGGUCUCCUGUCCACCCAGCUCUGUUUGCCUGUGUGGAUGGCACGGGUCGCUUGGACCUUUGGAACCUCAACAAUGACACAGAGCUUCCGACAGUGAGUGAGGUUGUGGACGGUGGGCCUGCUCUGAACCGGGUCAUCUGGACGCCGUCCGGCCACCAGGUAGCAGUGGGUGACGACUCUGGAAAGGUGUGGGUUUACGAUGUUGGAGAGCAACUGGCCGUGCCAAAGAACGACGAGUGGUCGAGGUUUGUCCAGACUCUGCAGGAGCUCAAGAACAACCAGGCAGAUCAGGAUCUGGACAACUUCAACCUGUCCUCCAUGUCGGCAACUCCGCCCUCCUUCGCCUGACCAAAAGACGCCACGCUUGCUCGCUUCUUCCUGGUUCAUUUUGCGGUGCAGCUAAUUUAUAUGCUACCACCUUUAUUUAACUUCAGCUCACAGAAGUUGGAAGACACAGUUCUUGUUGCGCAGCGAAGGGAAAAGUAUUUUUGUGUGACAUCAAUCUUGUGUGUACACAUGUACAGUGUAGGCAACAUUUCAUAGGGAGCAAAUUAAAUUGCAGUGUGUUUUUUUAUUUCAUUUUUUUAAAACUUCGCACGAAGGCUGUUUUGUGUUCCGGUUAUAUGUUUUCGGGAUGUUUUCGGCUUGUAAUAAAGUGACGGAACACAA